AGCUCUGUGCCACAUCUUCCACUAAAUGAUAAAGCCGCUACGCCGGGAGCUGGAAGCAGGACAUACUGAAUAGUAGUAAUAAUAAUAAUAAUAUUAGAAAACUAUCUUGGAAGAAUACUUACAAGCUUUUUCAUAUUUUUUCUUUUGUCUGAAAAGUGUUAGGGUGACUCGAAUAUUUUCUCUCGUGUUGGAGUCGGUGGGAGGAGGUGUGAAGUUAAACUACUGUAAGUUAACGGUUAAGUUCGGCUGCUGGUGACGCCUUACAGGGAAACGUGGGCUUCAAACCUUUACUCUUUCAGCCGGAGGACCCAUAGAUACCUUCAGGAAAAAGGAGCAGAGGAAGCUGGAAAGUAAAAGCACAGGGAGUGGAGGAUAGGAAACACCAGCCCUGCUAUCGCCCUGCCUGCGAAGGUGCUUUGUCAUGGGGAAACAGAACAGCAAGCUGCGGCCCGAGGUCCUGAACGACCUGAGAGAAAACACAGAAUUCACCGACCAUGAGCUGCAGGAGUGGUAUCGCGGCUUCCUGAAGGACUGUCCCACCGGCCACCUGACUGUGGACGAGUUCAAGAAGAUCUACGCCAACUUCUUUCCCUACGGAGAUGCCUCAAAGUUUGCCGAGCACGUCUUCCGCACUUUUGACACCAACGGCGAUGCCACAAUCGACUUCAGGGAGUUCAUCAUAGCCCUGAGUGUGACGUCUCGUGGCGGGCUGGAGCAGAAGCUGCGCUGGGCCUUUAGCAUGUAUGACCUGGAUGGGAAUGGCUAUAUCAGCCGGGCAGAGAUGCUGGAGAUAGUUCAGGCAAUUUACAAGAUGGUGUCAUCAGUGAUGAAGAUGCCCGAGGAUGAAUCAACACCAGAGAAAAGGACAGAUAAGAUCUUUAGACAGAUGGAUAUUGACAAUGAUGGCAGAUUGUCUUUGGAGGAGUUCAUUAAAGGUGCCAAAAGCGACCCGUCCAUUGUCAGACUGCUGCAGUCGGAUCAGGGAGCCUCUCGUCAGUUCUGAGGACACAGUGAAAGUGAUCACACCCUGCAACUCAUGCACACCCACAUCCCUCCAGCUUUGUGCCGUUUGUUCUGACAGAGGCUCGAUCUUCAUCACAGCCCCUCCUCCUUUCAUUUUAACACUCCAUGUCUUAAUGUUUACAUUAAUGUACACUUUUCUGGUCAAUGUGGCUUUUUCCUCUGUGGACAAUGAAGUGCAUUUUCAGUCGAGGCAUUUUUUUUCUUCGUGCAUUUCAAAACAUCUCGUUUUGAAUUGGUUUUUACCCGUUUGCUGUAAGUGCCAUAUCUUUUAUUUAUGCUUACAGGAUUAUAUGCUUUCAAGUAUUAUGACUCUCAUGUUAUACUAAGAGGAAACUAAUUAAAUCACUUAAUUCUAUUCAAUUUAAUUGUUAAAAUGUGGCUUAUUGUUGUUCAAGAUAACAGUAGCUUGAACUGGCACAAGCUGCUGUAUUUAACAAGCUCUCUCUAUGCCUUUGGUAUUGCAUGUGCUCAGUGAAAUGAGUUUACAGUUCAUGUGAAUAAUGAGGCAGUGAUUAUUUUUAAUUUCUUUUUAUUUUUGUAACAAAAAUGUCCUUUUGUUUUCACACAAUUGAAAUAAAGUUGUGUAAGGAAAAUCUACACAAAAAGUCC